AUGUAUACAUCAGCUCUAUGCCCUUUCAUCUGGGCAUAUUUUAUGAGCACAGCUUUGAGCUCAUGCCCUCCUUUUCAGGGUUCAUUUAAUGCAUCUAUUUUGGACCUUUAUGCUGAAAGUGAGGAUUGGGACCCGGUGCACUGCAAAAUAUACUUUGGUCUCUACUACAAUGCCUCGGUUGCUGUGUAUGAUCCGUAUCGUGACGAAUACGAGUUGAUCGACUUCCCUGGAAUCACAGGCAAUGAUGACUACACCAUUACUGGCAUAGACUACGAUGGAAUGGGGUCCAUAUACUUUGCAGCAAAAAAUAUGCUGGCGAUUUCGGAAACAAUUAGGCCACUCCCUAGCGACAACUUCUUAAGGACUAUUUCGCAUUUUACUCCCUUCCCUGAUGAGGAGAUUGUCUUCUCUGACUAUAUCAACCGGACCACUGCCGGCAACUUCGCCAAGGUACCUAUCAUGCUUGGAAAUACCAACAAUGAAGAUGGCUUUUAUCGCCUCGUUCCAUAUGCUCAAACAGGCCUUCUACCGUCUCCUCAAGUUGUGACCGAGUUUCUCCUCGAGUCUUUCACGUGUCCGGUAACCUUUCAAGCUAGCGCUCGUCGCAACCAUGGCGUCCCAGCAUGGACUUUUCGGUAUAUGGCUGACUGGGAUAAUACUCGCCUAUACAGCAUGAACGGCAGCACGAGCGGAGCAUACCAUAUGGUCGAUUUGCACAUGAUUUUUGGGGCUUCAGAGGAUGUUACCGGAUUGCCGCCGACCGUGGACCAAAGAAACUUGACACGGAUUAUGCAAACAGCCUGGGCCGCCUUUGCUGAUGAUCCCCUCGACGGCCUUACCAGCCUGGGAUGGCCUCAUUUUGACCAGAAUAAAGAUUCGUACAUCCUGCUUGGUAAAAACAACAUCCCUUCGGCACAAUUUGUGGCCCCCUCAGACUGGAAUACCCCAUGUUCCACCGUUACCUUUGGCAUUUUCGGAACGUCUACAGCAACAUCACUACCUUGA